GGAUGCUGGACGUUGUUAAACAUCAAAGAAGAAGAAGGUCCACGGAAGAUUUUGAAGAUUGUAACUUCGGCUUGUAAACAUCAAAAGUAAACGGUGCUGAGGAUCAUCUGAAAGGUCAAAGCUGGUCAAGUGUUACAGACGAAGAACCAUUAUGGCCCCUACUAUAUAUGAUGACAAACCAGAGCCCGGAGACCUGAUAGAAAUCUUCCGUGGCUCUUAUCAGCACUGGGCAGUGUACAUCGAUGAUGGCAUGGUUGUCCACUUGGCACCACCAUCUGAUGUUCCAGAUGCAGGCAGCAUGAUGUCUGUGUUUGCAGAGAAGGCCGUGGUGAAGAAAGAGUUGCUGUGGGAUGUUGCUGGGACCAACCAGUGGAAAAUUAACAACAGUUUGGACGACAGUUACAACCCUCGUCCUGCUCGUGUGAUUGUGAUGGAGGCCUGUGCGCUGGUCGGCGAUGAGCUGCCAUUCUGCGUCUUCAGGGGGAACUGUGAGCAUUUUGUCAAUGAGCUGCGCUAUGGCAAAGCAGAGUCUCGCCAGGUGCGUGAGGCUGGAGAAGCAGCGAUGGUUGCAGGUGUGGCGACAGUGGUGGGUCUGGGGAUUGUGGCUCUGGCUGGGGCCCUGUUUGGAGGAAGGCAAAAGGAAAAGAAGAAUACACAGUGACUUUUCUGAGCUCGACUGGAACAAAAUCCGACUCUCCACCCACACUGUCUUCUUAAAGUACAAAAUAAUUUUGGGGGAUGUUUUAAUUCAUUCUAAUUUUGUAUUGCUGCCUCAUUUUAUGCUCAGUUUGGUGAAGUACUCCAUGAGUCUCAUUUAUACUGCUGCCUAUGCAAAAAAUGAGACCUGAAAAAUAGGUUUAGAUAUUUGAGGUGUUUUACUUUUUCAACUAUUCAUGGUUGAAUGUGGCAUGUUGAUGGUUGGAAAUGUGGUUGAUCCACAUGCGCACAAUUCUAGCUGGACCCAGCAGUCAUAGGGUGUGAGGCAUGGGUACACCCUAGACAGGACACCAGUCUGUCACAGGGCCACAUAUAGACAGAAAAACACAUUCACACCUGCAUGCACACCUAUGGUCAAUUUAAAGUUUCCAAUAAAAAAAAGUACCUGACUUGCAUGUCUUUGGAUGUGGGAGGAAGCCGAAGCACCUGAAUGGAACCCACAUACAGUAAACAGGGAGAACAUGUAAACUCCACACAAAAAGGCCCCAAGUGGGACACAAUCCUACAGCCUAUCCCUUCUCCCUUGUUUCACUCGGGGUCACCAGAGGUGGAUCUCCAUGUUGAUUUGGCACUUCUGCACGCAACCCCACAUUAGAUGGUGGAUCACCAUUUUUGGCUUUUGUGUGUACUUGCACUUGUAGUAUGAGUCCUACGUACUGUUUUAUGAAUGUGACCCCUGGUCCUAUAGUUUCAAUUAAUACAUAAAACACAGGUACAGUACUGAGAUAUUUAUGUAUCAUGUCUACCUGCUGUCAGACUUGGUGGUCUGUGGGAUGUUUUGAUAUAUAAUAAAUCAAUUUGACAUUUACAUUAUACAGCUGUAAAUAUCAGCUGCAGAUCUAGAAUAUUGAAACAGAUUUCAGGUGUGUACAAUUGGAAUUUAUAUAAGAUCAACUUUAUCCCAAAGGAAAUAAUUUUGCCAGAGUACAAUUUAACAAAUAUUAUUUUUAUAUUCUUUAAGGAAAUACCUAGAAAGAUAAAGAUGGGGCUUUGACAAGUGAUUCAUUGGUCGAACACCAGCACUGUCACCUUCAGAUUAAAAGUUUAGAGCUAAUUGGUUACAAAUCAGUUAAAUAACCAAAUAUAAUGAAAGUGUUUUUGUUGCUGUUUUUUGGGGAGUGGGGGGGAUCGAGUUCUGUAAUUGAAUUUAAUUUCCAGUUCCUGACUUUGUAACACUAACUGACGUAAGUCUUGAAUAAAGACCCUGCAUGACCCUG